AUGGCCUCAACAAUGCGCCCACUCACUCGGCUGAUCGGCCGUGCCUCGCGCCCACUCACCCACACCGUCGAAAACACGACACCCCGAUCCCUCUCCUCUCAAGCCGGUCUUCUGCACUCGCUCCGAACCACCUCCACGCCAAUUGCCAUUCCCAGACUCAAUGGCCCUUCCUCGCAGCGCUCCUUUACGUCGUCGAGUCUGCGUGCUCGUGCUCGCACCAUGGGCCAGCUGCGCGCCCGGAAUUCCACGGGCCCGUUUUCGUGGAAGGCCGCUCUGCUCUUCGUCAUCACCGGCGGAGGUAUGAUUGUGUACUUCCGGGUUGAAAAGGAGCGGCUGGAACGGAAGCGCAUUGCGGAGAUGAGCAAGGGUGUGGGAAGGCCCAAGGUCGGCGGACCUUUUGUGCUGAAGGAUCUGGAUGGCAAGGAAUUCACGGCGGAGGAUUUGAAGGGGAAAUAUAGCUUUGUCUACUUCGGCUUCACGCAUUGCCCGGACAUCUGCCCCGACGAGCUAGACAAAAUGGCCGAGAUUAUCGACGGCGUGAAGAAGGAGACCGACGGCGAGAAUGUCUUCCUACCUGUUUUCAUCACCUGUGACCCGGUCCGUGACACGCCGGAGGUGCUGCGCUCGUAUCUCCAGGAGUUCCAUUCGGGGAUUAUCGGCUUGACGGGUACCUACGAGCAAGUGAAGAAUGUGUGCAAACAAUACCGGGUGUACUUCAGUACGCCGCAGAAUGUGAAGCCGGGAGAGGAUUAUCUGGUGGAUCACAGUAUCUACUUUUAUCUGAUGGAUCCCGAGGGCGACUUUGUCGAGUGUAUUGGACGCCAGGAUACGCCUGAGUCGGCGACCAAGUUGAUCAUGGAGCAUAUCAAUGACUGGAAGAGGGAGGGCAAGCCGCUGAAGAAAGAUUAG